AUUACAAGUCAAAAUCACCAUAUCAGGCCAAAUUCCACGUACCACCUUUGACCUUUGAACAUUCCACUACCCGAGAUCUCGCCUUACUUUAUCCAACAUCAUCCAAACCCCUUACUGAGGGUAGUUUCACCCACUCCAUGACCUUCAUUGUGACCUUUCCGUGCCCGUGAGAAAUGAGACAUCCCCGAGCCGCAGAGGUCCACUGCAAGCCCACCAUCCCCGUGUAAUGGAGACGCCUGCGCACCUGCCCUCGAGGCCCAGAGAGUUCAUUGACCUCAGCUCUGAUGACGAGGAAGAGGAAGAUGCUGUCCUGGAACCACCGGAGCCAGACCCAGGCCACUUCCUAGAGUUCAAUGACCUCAACGACCUCAUCUUCGGCAAUCUGGUGCGGGAGAACCAGGCCGCCUGGGAUGCAGCCGCCUUUGAGGCUCAAGGCUUCCAGGUUCCCAUCCUCGGCGACUGGCGAAAUGAACCUCCCGAGCCAGUCGCUGAGGCCAUUAAUCCGCCCGCUGUUGCGCCAGGCUUGCCCCAGAUGCUUCGCCAGGCUGAAAGGCUCCACCUGAACCAUCGACCAGUGAAUCCAGUGAACAAACAGCCGGACAGUGAACUGUUGGACAAUGACAACGACCUCAUCCAAGAACAAGUGAACAACCAACUGGACAACGAACAGCCGGACAAUGAAAGUGAUCUCAUUCUAUCUGAUCUGAACAGGCAGUUCCCUAACGUGCAGAUGGAAGACCACGACAACUUUGUUUGGGGGAAAGUGAACCGUGACCUUCAUAGCGCGAACAAUACCAUCGAUCUUGACCCUCCACCAACUGAAGAGAUGGCCAACAAAGCCCGUUGCCUCGAAGGUGUCGUCGACAUAUUUCCAGACAUCUGCCUUGAAUAUGUCGAGCAACUAUACAUUGCACUUCAAGGCAGGAAGACAUCCCUUGCCAUCGUGGAGCUUGUCUUGGAAGGAGAAGAAAAUGGACAGCCGUAUCCCAAGAUCAACCAGCUGAAGAGGAAGCGACCAGUCGAAAGCGACGACGACGACGAGAUCAUGCGGAAGUAUACUGCAGAUCGACAGCACAACUCGGAUAAGUAUCUGACUAUGGCGCGUGGGAUGCUCUCAGAGGACUUCCCAAGCAUCCCAAUGAGCUUUAUCAUGAAACAUUUUUAUGACUCGGGUAUGGUGAUUUACACUACGUAUCAGAGCCUCGCCGAGGAUGAGCGUGCCUGGGACCCCAGUAACCCCAGCUACCACAAAUUAAAGCAGGCCCGUAGGGUCAAAAGCUUUCAUCCGAGUACCGUCGAGGAGAAACUCACCAAUCCAGAAACACCACCAGAUCAGAAACGCGCUUACGCAGAGCUCAAGGAUGUCAGAAUUGGACGUGCAAAUUGGGAGGGGAAAUUAGCAGCCAAAAGGAAGCGUGAAGCCGAUGCUGCUGCAGCCAAGAAGAAAUAUGAGGCGGAUGAGGCUCUCAACUUGGAGCUUGCAAUGAAAGAAGGAACCAUGGAGGAUUGUGGAUGCUGCUUUGAUGACUAUCCCCGCAACCGCAUGGUCCACUGCAACAACGAGAGCGUAUCGCACUACUUCUGCAAGCGCUGUGCCCGCCUUCAUGCCGAAACCCAGAUCGGUAGCGGCAAAUAUGAGCUCCAGUGUAUGUCGACUGACGUCUGCGAGGCUGAUUACUCAAAUUCCCAGCGCCAGCUCUUUCUCGAUGCCAACCUCACCACGGCUCUCGACCGCAUAGAAGCCGAGACAAAUCUGCGCCUCGCCGGUAUCGAGAACCUGGCCAGCUGCCCCUUCUGCCCCUAUUCUGCAGAAUACCCUCCCAUCGAGCACGAACGACUCUUCCACUGUGAAUUCGAUUCCUGCAAAAAGAUCUCCUGUCGCACGUGCCUGAAGGAAUCACACAUCCCUAAGACGUGUCAGGAGAACGCAAAGGACAUUGGUCUCGAUGUGCGCCGUGAAGUUGAGGAGGCCAUGACAGCUGCCCUAGUUCGUACGUGCAACAAGUGCAAGGGGCCAUUCAUCAAGGAGGAUGGCUGUAACAAGAUGAACUGCCCAUGUGGCAAUAUCCAGUGCUAUGUCUGCUCCAAGAGCUGUCAGUACAACCACUUCGAUGACGAGCGUAGGGGUGGAAAAUCAGGGAACUGCCCUCUUUUCGACGAUGUCCAGGUGCGCCACGAAGAUGAGACGAAGCGCGCUGAAGAGAUUAUCGUCGAGAAGCUUAAGAAGGAGCACCCAGAUGUCGAUCCAGAGGACUUGGAGAUCAGGGUCUCGGAUGCGGUGAAGGCGGACGAGGAGAGGAGAAAGAAGAAGCGCUGGCACCCACAUGAACCGUUUAGGUUUGCUAUAGAAGGUGGGAUGGGAAGGCCGCAAGUUCCGCCGCCACCACCCCUGGCACGUGCUGGCAAUCCGGAGCGACAGGUCUAUCGGGAGGAGUUUGAGGCGCAUAUGGCACAAUAUCAUGCGGAUAUAGAGAAUAUGGUGAAUCAGGCGCAAAACCCCGGUCAGCAGCCGAAUUUGCAAGGUUAGUUAGAUUCGUUUCCGUUUUCCGUUGGUCUCUUUGAGGAGGGUCUUUGUUCGAUAUAUACUUCAACACGUACCUAUACCUCUAUUCCUGGCCCCCUCUGAAAGUGACGGUAACCAAAAUUGCUCAUUUACCUCUCCCAACCUCCCACCGCCCGCCCUCUUCCCCCAACCAACCCUCACAAACCCCC